AUGGAUCAGCAAGCAUUUCGGGCACUCCUCAGUGCCCCUUCAGCAGCAAGCACUUCGGAUCGCACCAAAAAACCUGCAAGAGCUGGUGGUCGACCUGCUUGGGGUGCAUCUAGCUCACGACCGGAAAAUGGACGCAACCAAUCGGAUCAAACUUCAGAAUCCAAGCCACCCAGUUCAUUGAAGCCUCGCAAGUUCAACUCUAAGAACGAGGAAUCAGGUCAAAAGAAAGGAAAGGAUGUAGAGAGUGGUUACAGGGAUAGGGCUUUGGAACGUCGUCAAGGGAAGGAUGGAGACUUUGCUGAAGCAGAAAGCUUACUAGAAGUAAUUUUUUUUAUUUGUGCACGAGUCGCGGCUGCUAGCGACCAAGUUGACCGCGAGCUUCUUGAACAACAGACAAAGUAUCUUGGAGGAGAUGAACGACACACCAUCUUGGUCAAAGGUUUAGAUCACGCCUUGCUAGAAAGAAGGAAGGCAGAACUUUCAAUAGGUGGACAACUUGGACAAGUUACUGAUGAUGAUUUGGAGGCUGCCUUUGAAGAAACUCAGCGUCAGGAACCUAAUCAACUUCACGAUCAACUUCCUUCAUCAAAACGCAAAUCGUCUGGUAAAAUCUCUCAACGAGACGAAUUAUUAGCCCGUCUGAAAUCAUCACGUUCGAAUGUGUCUUCCUCGGUACCAGAUGAUCUGGUCGUUGUUGAAAAACUCAAGACAGUUGGCAAAUUCAAGCCGAUUGGCUCUGUUGAAAAAACGCCUUCUGAGAUUCAGGAGCAGGAACGUAAAGAACGAAAGAAACGGAAAAAGGAGAAGAAAGAGAAAAAACUACAGAAAGCAGCCAAAGCGGACGCCGACAAGCCGAGCCCAAAGGCUCUCAAAUCUAGCGAUCCUAGGGAGCCAUCUUCACAUCCAAAGUGA